AUGGUCGCUGACGUAGAUCUCAAAGAACUGGCUAACAUAAUCAACCAUCACGGACGGACGCCUGCAUACGGCAUCCUAUGGCGCCUACAGGAACGCAGCGACAUCAAGAUCAAAGGCAUCCCCACGCGUGUCCGAAGGGUCGCAGAGGCUCACAGGGCUAAGUGUGUAUGGCUCUGCGAUAACAAGAGAAAUCCAUUGGCUCUCGUUGAUCUCAGGUGGUCCCCGGAUCUAGGAGACUCUGGUGUCGUGCCUGGUACAUGGAGUCUCCGGUGGUAUGGUCGGUCAUAUGUCUCAACCGUGUCCGCACCCGCUCGUCGUGAUCCAGCACUUCUUCGGCUUCGCCCGUCAGGCCCGGCGGACACUACUAGCCCGGCGGACACUACUACACCGAUUUUGGACAACGGAUGGGUCCAUCGAUUGGAAUUGUCUGACUGA